AUGGUGCUCGUAGCACUGGAACCCACACCGGAGGGCAAGAAAAUUGCCUCAUGUCUCCGCACCGUGUGCGGCUUAUCGGGGGUCACCGUAGAGGCCCCCUACAAACGUGGUGCUCCCGGGCAGUACCACCGUUGCCAGCUGUACGGGCACUCAGCACGUAACUGCAACGCGCGACCGCGUUGCGUAAAAUGUUUAGAGGAUCACGCGACCAUAGACUGCCCGCGCGUUAAGGAGACAGCGACGGAGCCGCUGAGCUGUGUACUCUGCCGUAAGCAGGGUCGCACGGCCAACUACCGCGGAUGCCCCAAGGCUCCACGGAAGCGCCCGGCCAACGCGCCCCCCAAAACCGCUGAUGAACGAAUUGGUUUUGUGAAGAACAAGAAUUUAUGCUAUAAUUGCUUACUACCAGGACACCCAGUGUUUAAAUGUCGACUCAGAAUAUCAUGCAGAAUCUGUGGUAAGCGGCACCAUUCGUUACUACACAAAACAAUCAAUGGAUUAGAGACAAACUAUAAACAAGUUGAAGACACAAACAUCCAACCAGGCCCUAUAAAGGAUAAUGAUGCAGACGUUGCUAUACUGUCGCAUAUGGCGACAAAGAGGUCCACAGCAUUGCUGGCCACAGCAUUGAUAACUGUUAAGAAUAGUACAGGACAUUAUACAGUAUUGCGCGCCUUAAUAGAUCAAGGGUCACAGGCUAAUUUUAUUAGUGAAAGAGCAGCACAACUUUUGAAAGUCAAAGGAACACCCACUAAGGGGACAAUCACUGGAGUUGGAUCUACACAAACGGAAGUAAAUCUGGCAGUCCAGCUUGAAAUAUUAUCUAGAUACCAAUGCAAUUUCAAGCUCAACGUGGAAGCAUAUGUGAUGCCUUCACGUUUAACAACAUACUUACCGUCCACAACUAUUGCCGACUCCACACUCACCUGGUCGCAUUUGAAAGGUCUCAAGCUGGCAGAUCCCACCUUUAAUCAACCAGGGAGAGUUGAUAUGCUUCUAGGUGUAGAAGUAUAUGCAGCCAUUCUGAAAAAUGAAAUUAUUCGAGGUCCUCCUGGCUCUCCAUGCGCACAACAUACAAGUUUUGGAUGGAUUCUCUUUGGAAAGGUACACAAUGACAUUGAAGAAAGGAAAAUAACAGUAAUGCACCACCACAUGGAUUUUGAUGAACUGUUACACACAUUAUGGGAGUUAGACUGUGAUAAUCAAAGAAAACUUACACAAGAAGAGGAACUCUGUGAGAACAUUUAUUAUGAAAAUGUUAGGAGAGACAAUGAAGGAAGAUACAUUGUGAAAUUACCUUUUAAAUCAUAUGUCAUACUAAGUACAGAAGGUAAUACCAGGGAUAUAGCACUAAGAAGAUUAACACAACUAGAGAGAAGAUUACAGAGAGACAUGAAGUUAAGGACAGAAUACACUAAAGUGAUGCAAGAAUAUAUUGAAUUGAAUCAUAUGGAAGAAGUACCAGAAGAAGAAUUAGGGAAACCCUCUGUCUACCUUCCUCAUCAUGCAGUUGUAAAGGAUACAAGUGAGACUACCAAAGUAAGAACUGUGUUCAAUGCCUCCUCAAUGGGAUCUAAUAAUGUUUCCAUUAAUGAUGAGUUACUAGUUGGCCCACAAUUGCAAGAAGACAUGAGAUCAUUGGUUAUGAGAUGGAGACUAAAACGAGUUUGUUUCAUAGCAGAUAUUGAGAAAAUGUAUCGGCAGAUAUUGGUUACCAAACAGGAUGCAGAUUACCAACGAAUCUUGUGGAGAAUUGAUCCAAAUUUUAAAGUCAAAGAUUACAGAUUGCUUCGGGUAACAUUUGGAACUGCUUCAGCUCCGUUCCUUGCUGUAAGAACUCUACAACAAGUUGCAGAAGAUGAAGGCAAAGAUUUCCCUGAAGCAGCUAGAAUGAUUAAGGAAGACUUCUGGAUGGAUGACUUAUUAUCUGGUAACGAUACAGUAAGUGAAGCCAUUGAAUCAGCAAGAAAUGUCAGUGACAUUUUGAAUCGUGGCGGUUUCAAAUUACAAAAAUGGUCUUCUAACAGUAUUGAAUUUAUGAAAAAUAUUUCACCUACAGAAAGAAGUACAUUGAUAAAUGUGGAUAUGAACCUGGGAGGAACUGUUAGAACAUUGGGGUUAUCAUGGAAUAUAGGAGAUGAUGUGCUACAGUAUAAUCUUAAUUUGCCAGAAGUGCCACUUACCAUUACUAAGAGAAGUAUACUUGCUGAGAUACAACGCUUAUUUGAUCCACUUGGUUGGAUAGCACCUGCCUUGUUACCUGGAAAACUAAUAAUACAAAGACUAUGGUUGAAAAGACUUACCUGGGAUGAAGAAGUAGACUCUGAAACUAAAAGAGAUUGGUUAGAGAUGAGAAACAACUUAAAUUAUUUAAAGGAAAUUAAAAUACCACGCUGGUUACUUAUUACUAGUGAUGUCAUAGAAGAUGUGUCAAUACAUGGAUUUUGUGAUGCAUCAACAAUUGCAUAUGGAGCAGUUGCUUACCUGAGAGUCAAAACUUACAAUAAUGAAUAUAAAACUAUGCUGAUAGCAGCGAAGACUAGAGUCGCACCUGUUAAACCAGUCUCACUGCCCCGUUUGGAACUGUGCGGUGCGGUGUUAUUAUCAAAGCUCUUGAAACACAUCAGUCGUGCUACACGGAUACCAAGGAAACAAAUCUUUGCUUGGACAGAUUCUACCAUAGUACUAUCAUGGCUUACUGGAGACCCGACGAGAUGGCAAACAUUUGUGAGAAAUCGUGUAGUAACAGUGCUUGACAAUAUUGGAAAUGCAUGGUAUCAUGUACAGUCUCAAGACAACCCUGCAGACAUAGCAUCAAGAGGAAUGCUUCUUUCAGAUCUCAAAGAAUUUAGUUUAUGGUGGAACGGCCCUAAAUGGCUCACCCAUGAAGAAAUAUUGAUGUCUCGCGGAGAUAAUAUUUCUACUGACCUAGAGUUGAGAAGAACAAUUAUCAAUACAAACAUAAAAAUGGACAAUAAUCAUAAUGAAGGAAAUUAUAUACACAAUCAAUUUGAAAACUUUAACAACUUGAUGGAACUACAAAGAACUAUUGUGUACUGCAAAAAAUUCUUGAAUUUUAAACGAAGGACUGGAGUAAGUAAUAGAAGUGUACUGAAGAAUCUCAAUCCUUAUCUAGACAAGAAAGGUCUUCUCAGAGUAGGCGGUCGAUUACGAAAUGCGGAAAUGGAAAAUGACGCUAAAUAUCCUAUGAUCAUAAGUCAUAAGAACCCCAUUGCAACAUUGAUAGUUAGUGAUGCACACUUGAAGACACUUCAUGGAGGACUCCAACUCACAAUGAAUUUUGUUAGAUCAAGAUUCUGGAUCAUAAGAGUAAAAUCAUUAAUAUCAGCUACAAUACAUAAAUGUUUAAUAUGUGCAAAGCAGAAGGCUAAGGUCCGACACCAACUCAUGGGAGACUUACCUGCAGCACGAGUAACACCCACUCGUCCAUUCCUACACUCAGGAGUAGAUUUUGCAGGCCCACUACAGAUUCUGGUUUCCAGAGGAAGAGGCAUGAAAUGCACUAAGGGAUACAUAUGUAUAUUUAUAUGCAUGUCAACUAAAGCAAUCCACUUGGAACUGGUUGGAGAUUUAAGCACCGAGUCAUUUUUAGGAUGUUUUAGAAGAUUUGUUGCCAGAAGAGGUCGAUGCUCCCACAUUUGGAGUGAUCAAGGUACAAACUUUGUAGGAGCCAGUAAAGAAUUAGCUAAAAUGUGGCAAGAAGCAAAAUUAAGUAUACCUGAAGAUUUAAUAAACAUUUUAGCUGAAGAUGGAACCCAUUGGCACUUUAACCCACCUUAUAGCCCAAAUUUUGGAGGUUUAUGGGAAGCUGGGGUGAAAUCUAUAAAAUAUCACUUAAGAAGAAUUCUUGAUAGAACACUUACCUUUGAAGAGAUGUCCACCACACUGUGCCAGAUUGAAGCCUGCUUAAACUCACGGCCACUAUGUCCAAUAGAUCAUAAUGAUAUUGACAAUUUAAAUGUACUUACUCCUGGACACUUUCUCAUUGGAGAAGCUCCAAUCAAUGUACCUGAACCAGAUCUUAGCCAGAAGAGUAAAAUAAGAGAAGAACAAGAAUUAGAAGAGUAA